CUGUCCACUUUUCUGUCCUCUAUACCAACAGUGCUAUCCUGAUGUCCUUCUCGGCGCCCCUUCUUUCCGGCAGCAUCGAACCCGACGACGACACCGCCCCCUCUGUCCCCAAGGGCAACAUCGGCUCGUCCUCGUCAACAGCACGUCCGCCGGCUGAGCGGGUCGUUCUUGUACCGGGGACUCAAGCUGGAGGAGUACAGACCAGUUUGGGAAGUGCCGAAGAAGGAGGGAUCAGGGGUAUCUUGAAACAGUCGAGCCAUCCUAUGGCUUUGGCCGUUCUGUUUCUGUUCAGGAGUGCUGCUAUCGCCGUAUAUGUCCUUUGUGGUCUCUUCACCGAUAACUACGUCUUGAGUAUUGUGAUGGUCGUAGUGCUCUUGUCAUUAGAUUUCUGGAAUACCAGGAAUGUGGCAGGAAGAACGCUUGUGGGACUGAGGUAUUGGAACGAAGUCGACGAGGAAGGCGAAAGCUCCUGGGUGUUUGAGUGCCGUGACCCAUCGAGACCAGCGAAUCCUGUGGACGCCAAAAUGUUUUGGAUCGCGCUAUACGCGUACCCUUUAGGAUGGCUGGCCCUUUUCAUCGUGUCACUCCUCAAAUUCAGCGUCUCCUUCCUGCCCAUAGUCGCUCUCGCCCUGGUUUUCAACCUCUCCAAUUUGGUCGGCUUUACCUACGCCGACCGCGAUGCGCAGAAACGGUGGGCGAGCGGGAUUGCUUCAGGCAACUUGUUCGGCUUUGGGUUGGGCGGUAUCGGGGGGCAGCUCGUUGGUGGGGCAGUCAAAAACACUCUGGGCAAGGUCUUUGGAUAGGCUUUCAGAUUGGCUGUGGGCCACUACAAUGUAUAUGACGAUCUGCAACUGCGGUCUCAGAUCGAACGCCCUUGCAUGCGUGACCAGAUACGCUCGAAAGGCAUACGAUGCAAUAAACAAAAUACGCUAGCUGAUCAGAAGCAGCUGAUUUGGAGUCCUGUCCGGUCAGUCCGGUCAUGCUAUACAGCUUGUACGCCCAUGUUCUUAUCCCUCCUGAAACCCUUGGACAACAGUGGGACAUCUUCAGAGCUAGAUGAGAGGCUCGCACGAGGGCCUGUGCAAGAGUACCUUGACCUCAUCAACAGAUAGCAUGCUGUCCUCCCUAACGCUCCUUGGAGAAGGUCGCGAGCUCUUGAAGAUGGGUGUAGUCGUUUCUUCGUCCUCGACAGAGGCUUCUAUAUGGACAAAGUCCUUGCUGGACGCGCCCAGUACCUCCUCGAUAACAGUCACCAGGAAACGGUUGCCUUUGCGGAGUUCCUUUUUGACUUUGCCACGGGCGAUCCCACGGCUGCCAUUGCGCUGCGCAAUGUAGAUAGCCACUUUUUUUCGAAUGACAGAAAGGAAAUAUUUGAUUUGCUCUCCAUUUCCGUCGGGAUGCGGACUGAAGACAUCAACGUGCGCUUCGAGGUAGGCGGAAAUAGAGGGGGUGGCAUAGGCGUCCUCAUUCUCGAUACCAAUGCGUGAC